UUAUAACCUUCAAAACUGCAAAGCAUUUUGUUUUAUGCUUUAUCAUUGAUAUCAUAUCUGAAUUUGAGACCAAUUUCAAUUAGAAAAGUGAAAAAUGUCGAUUCAGGAACCCAUUAAGCUCAAGGAUCUGAUGGAAACCGGUGCGUUUUUCACCGUCAACACCGAUCAAAUGAACGACGGUCCGGAGACCACCGAAGAAGACGUGGAAUACAACAAAAAUUUGCUCAAUUUCAUGAACAUGCAAGUGGCCGGAUUCGAAGACGAGGACUCUUACGUGGACGGACAACCGUUCGAAAUAAUCGCCUCCAAAAUGGAGCACCUCACCCGCGACGGGGGCAUCAAGAAGAGAAUCCUCCGAGAAGGGUACGGCGAGAAACCCAAAGACGCUGAAAUCGUUAGGAUAAAUUACAACGCUUACAUCGAAUACAACGCGGAACCGUUCGAUUCCACGUACGCACGAAAAAAAGUCCACCAAUUCAUCGUAAACAACGGAGAGGUAUUAUUAGGACUCGAUAUAGCCGUGCAAAGCAUGAGAAUCAACGAGAAAUCCCAAUUUCUCAUGCAACCUAUGUACGCCUACGGGAAACUGGGCUGCUUGCAACGAGUCCCCCCCGACACGGAGGUGAUGUUCGAAAUCGAACUCAUCCAAAUAGUAAACGUAUCGGCUGCAUCGAAAUUCGAAACCCUCUCGAUCGACGAACAGAAGAAAUUCGACGUGGUCUACGAGUACUGCCUAGCCCUGUGCGCCAAGGCCAAGGAUUUGUAUGCCAAAAACGUGCACUCGGCGAUCCGCGAGUACAACAGCGCCGCCUCCAAGCUGGAAUUCUGCCAGCUCGACACCUACGAGGACCAGGUGAAGCAGCAGGAGCUGUUGCUGCGGCUGUAUUCGAACCUGCUGGUGGCCCACGCGAAGGUCGAGGAGCCGCGACGGGGCUGCGUGAACUUCAACAAGAUCCGGGAGCUCGUCAAGGGGACCGAUAUCAAGGUGACCGCCAAAAUGUACUUUAAUAACGCUAAAUGUUUGAGGAUGUUGGGCGAUUACGAGUUGGCCCGGAAGCGGCUCGAUCAGGCCCAUCGAAUGGAGCCCAAAAAUCCUGAUAUACUCAACGAGUAUAUUUUGUUGGAUAAGGCUGUGAGGGAGGAUAGGGAAAAAACGACCGAGAUUGCUAAGAAAUUUUUAAAAUAAUUAACACACAUUUAGCGAAAUGUGUAAUGUUGGUUCCUUUUUUUUACGUUUAUGCAAAGUUUUAUUUGUUUCUUAAGAUCUGACUAGAGUAAUGCCAAAAUUUAUUAGUUAGAAUACAGGGCGUCCCAAUUAAAAGUAGCCCAUUUAAUCAGCUUGUUACUUUUAAACGCCUAAUCAUAAAAACAUGCGGUCUU